AUGGGCAUAGCUGACUUAAUUGACCAAGCAUUAAAUAGAAGUCCGCAGCCAGAGACUCAUGAGAAAAAAAAAUAUUAUAGGAUAGGAAAGACGCUAGGUUCUGGUACAUACGGAUCUGUUAAAGAAGCAACCAAAAUUACAACAGGACACAAAGUAGCCAUUAAAGUGAUAGAUAAAAAAAAGGUUAAGCAUCAAGAAUCAAUGGUAAAACAAGAAAUGGAGAUAUUAUCACGAUUAGAUCAUCGUAAUAUAGUAAAAUUUUUUGAUUGGUUUGAAUCAAGAGAUAAAUAUUAUUUGGUUUUUGAACUUGCGACAGGAGGAGAAUUGUUUGACAGGUUAAUGGCACGUGGGAAAUUUACUGAAUGUGAUGCUGUUGAGGUUAUUAAGAUUGUACUCAUCGCGGUUAAAUAUCUACAUGAGAAUAAUAUUGUACAUAGAGAUCUGAAACCGGAAAAUCUGAUUUACAGAAAUAAAAAUGAAGAUUCAGAGCUUGUACUUGCAGAUUUUGGUAUCUCUAAAGUUAUAUCAGAUAGUGAUGAUAUAAUGAUGACACACUGCGGGACUCAACUUUAUGCGGCUCCUGAAAUUUUAAAACGUAUGCCAUAUUCGAAAUCCGUUGAUUUAUGGAGUAUUGGAGUCAUUACAUACUAUCUACUUUGUGGUUAUCAUCCGUUUCAAGCAAGAGAUAGCGUUGCUUUCUUUGAGGAAGUAACUAAUGCUCGUGUCAAAUUCGAAGUUCGAUUCUGGAGAAACGUGUCAGAAGAUGCCAAAGAUUUCAUCCUUGCACUUCUUAGUUUAGAUCCUUCAAAACGGCUAACAGCCGAAGAAGCUCUAAAACAUAAAUGGAUUACCGGAAAUGUGGCCAAGGAUGUAGAUUUAUUAGAAGAUUUCAUGGAGAACUUUAACGCACGUAAAACAUUCCGAAAAGCGGUUGAUGCGGUUCAAGCAGCAAAUCGACUUCGAACUACCACACAGAGAUUUAGUGGUGAUUUUGAAGAAAUUAAGUAUGAGGAAGAGAAUAACGAGUAUGGACGUCCUUUUAUCAUUGUCAGAGAACAACAAAAGAAAAGCAGACUUAGUGGUAUUGAAGCUAUAAAGUCACAUAUUUUAGCCGCAAAAACCGUUGCUAAUAUUAUCAAGACUUCUCUGGGUCCUAGAGGUCUUGAUAAAAUCCUUAUUUCACCCGAUGGAGAUAUCACUGUUACAAACGACGGUGCAACAAUCUUGACUCAAAUGGAAGUUGAGCAUCAAAUCGCGAAAUUAUUAGUACAAUUAUCUAAAUCUCAAGAUGAUGAAAUUGGUGAUGGAACAACUGGUGUUGUUGUUCUUGCUGGUGCUCUUCUUGAACAAUCCGAAAAUCUCCUGGAAAGAGGUGUUCAUCCUAUUCGUAUAGCAGAUGGAUUUGAGACAGCCUGUAGAGUUGCCGUGAAACAUUUAGAUACAAUUUCUGAUGUAGUAGAAUUUACUAAAGAUAAUACUGAGAAUUUAUUUAAUACUGCAAUGACAUGUUUAGGAAGUAAAAUAGUUUCGAAGAAUCAUGAACAAUUCGCUAAAAUUGCGGUUGACGCAGUUUUAUCAGUAGCAGAUUUAGAACGUAAAGAUGUUGAUUUUGAAUUGAUUAAAGUAGAUGGUAAAGUAGGAGGUUCACUGGGAGACACCAUUUUAGUCAAAGGAGUAGUAGUUGAUAAGGACAUGUCACAUCUUCAAAUGCCACGUGAAAUACGCGAUGCUAAACUUGCCAUAUUAACGUGUCCAUUUGAACCUCCUAAGCCAAAGACUAAACAUAAAUUAGACAUCACUUCUGUUGAGGAAUAUAAAAAAUUACAAACUUAUGAGAGGGAAAAAUUUGAAGAAAUGAUUAAACGUGUUAAAGAUUCCGGUGCUAAUCUGGUUAUAUGUCAAUGGGGUUUUGAUGAUGAAGCCAAUCAUUUAUUAAUGCAAAAUGAAUUACCGGCCGUUCGAUGGGUUGGUGGUCCCGAGAUAGAGCUUAUUGCUAUCGCUACAAAUGGUCGUAUCGUUCCUCGUUUCGAGGAUCUCACGCCCGAAAAACUUGGUAAAGCCGGACUUGUUCGUGAGAUUUCUUUUGGUACUACAAAGGAUCGUAUGCUUGUUAUCGAAGAAUGUUCAAAUUCACGCGCUGUUACUGUAUUUGUUCGUGGUAGUAACAAAAUGAUAAUUGAUGAAGCUAAAAGAUCUAUUCAUGAUGCUCUAUGCGUCGUGCGUAACCUGGUUCGUGAUAACCGCGUUGUAUACGGUGGUGGUGCUGCUGAAAUUAGUUGUUCACUCGCAGUCUCUAAAGCUGCUGAUCAGAUAUCGUCGAUUGAACAGCAUGCUGUUCGCGCAUUUGCUAACGCUUUAGAUGCUAUUCCUUCAGCUCUUGCCGAAAAUUCCGGUCUAUCUCCGAUAGAAACUUUGGCUGAUAUUAAAUCACGUCAAGUAAUUGAAAAUAAUAGUCAAUUAGGAAUUGAUUGUAUGAGUACUGGAUCGAAUGAUAUGAAGGUUAAAUAUGUUUACGAUCCACUUAUUUCAAAAAGACAACAAUUCUUGUUGGCAACUCAACUUGUAAAGAUGAUACUUAAGAUAGAUGACGUCAUCACUGCAGGACCAGAAUAA